AUCUAAUAGAUAGACGAUUGUAUUUUUGGGAUUGGCAAAAUGUCUGCUUACGAUAACGUGGUGAUUGGGAAGCUGAAGCUGAAAGGCAAAGACUUGAACGUGAAAGGUGGGAUCAAAAAGAAGAAGACGAAGCACAGCAAACUCUACGAGUAUGACCAAACUCUUCAAGCCUCAAAAGGUGGAGAUGCAAUAGAUCGAUUUGAGAAUGAUGGUGAUGACGACAUAGGGAAGGCUGGAGUUUUUGAUCAGAUGACACCGGCGGAGAGGCGAUAUCUCGAGCAGGCAGAGAGGCUUCAAGCUCAAAGGCUUGCCCAAAUGGCCAAGAAAUCGCAUCGUGAUCGGGUUCAGGAAUUCAAUCAGUAUCUGGCUAACCUAUCUGAGCAUUACGACAUCCCCAAAGUAGGCCCUGGUUAACAUCCCGUCUGCAUUUUCAGUUCGGCUGAAAAUAUUGUAUUCUGAUUAUCAGAAUUGGAAGUGAAAAUUGCUUUGUCAAGAGAUCUGUAUGAGAAGUAAGGAUUUGUUUAGGAUGCUCAGUUGGCUCAUGUUGAUUACAA